GAUUUUUCGGCAAUCCUCUUCAUACCAGAGAAGACGUCGCCAAUGCAGCUUUGGCACUUUUGUAACCGCUUCAACCCUAUUUCUCUCCAGGAAAGGCUCGCAUUAGCAUCCCUGUCUCCACGGGAGUUCAUUUUGAUGAAGCAGCUGCACAGCUUGAGGGCUUUUCCGUGGGAGGCCGCAGCUUUCAGGGACGGUUCCUGUGAUACUGCUGUUGCGGAAACCAUUCGGAAACUGACAGAGCCGUGGAUCGCGGGUCUGUUUACUAGUUCGAAUCCCGAUCAUUCAGAAUAA